CAAAAACCAGUCGAGACAAAAGGAAAAGUUACAGAUCUCAAAAAAGGGGUGACUUGGUGACAUUUAAUGGCUUUUUACAUGCAGGAGCUCAUGUUGGAGAUUCUUUUGGACUCCCUCUUCUUACAACUCUGGGUCUGUAGGGGCUAAAGCCAAGACAAGAACAAGAGCUAAAACAAGGUUCUCCACUGUCACCAAAGCAGUUGUGCUAGUCUGAGGAUAAGUUGAGUCUGUGUAAACCAUCUUCAGCAUUCUGUGCCAAAGUGCAGUGGGAUUUUGAACUCCAAUGUUUCUGUGAUGGUGAGAAGUCCCCAAGCUUCAGUCAUUGCCUUUACUUCUUAGUUUGGAAGUUUCCCAGAACAUGUUCAACCUAAUUCAAUGCCUAUUCCUGACGUGCUCUGCAAUGUGGAGUCCACAGUUUGCUGUGGAACAAACCCAUCUGGUGAUGGACAAUUUCUUAACUAACAAACUUGUAAGAACGUUAAGGAGUUGGGCCCAUAUUCCAGUUGUCCAGAUGAAGAGACUUCACAUUUGAUUUAAAAAUGUUCAACUGUACAGAUACGGUCUUUUCAUUGGAUGAUUUAUUUUAUGAAGGCCCAGAUACAAGACAAAGGUAUCUAGAAAAUGAAGAGCCUAAGAUUUGGUGUAUUGCACCUGCUCCAGCUAUUGCUGAAAUUCCAACUGCAGAGGAGUUACAGAGGGAAUUGGAAAAAACCACAGACAACACUUACAUGGGAGGGAGAAAACACCAGCAGUUUAUACAACAAUAUAAGACUAAAGCUGAGGAAAUAAAUGAUAAAUCAGCAGCACCUGUUAAUUUUGACAUAGCCUCUGAAAAAGAAGUUCUCCAACUAAGUGUAGGAGAAAGACAGAAAAUUAGUUUUCAGCAUGAAAAUCUGAAAAUGGUUUCAUUGUUUCUCUCUUCUGACCAAGAUAAAUCUAAAACAGGAACACAGGUUUCUAAGCAACCUGGUACAAUUUUUUCACAAAAUAACAUAUUAAGCAAUUUUCCAGAAAACAGUGAUGAUGACAGUGUCUGUUCAACAUUAAGAAAAAGCUUAUUUAAAACGUCUGGUUAUACAUACAAAAAUACAGAAUUUAAAGAUAGUUGUGUGGAUGUGAAAGAAAUUGAUACUUACUUAAAUACAAGAGAAAACAUGAAAGAAAUGAGAAAAGAAGGUUUAUGGAGAAAUGAUCAUCAUACUCUGAUAACUAAAGACUCAAAUUUCACUCUGCAUAGAUUAAAUGAUGGGGACAUUGAAUCUAAAAAUGGAAUUAAAUCAUUUUCCAAUGCUUCAGAGAUUCUGGAUAUGACAGGAACUACAGGAAGAAAAUUGGAAAUUUUGAGGGCGGUUACAGAAAUACCAACCCAAUUUAGAAGUAUUUUUAAGGAGUUCCCAUAUUUUAACUAUGCACAGUCUAAAGCUUUGGAUGAUCUUCUUUAUACAGAUCGAAAUUUUGUGAUUUGUGCUCCGACUGGCUCUGGAAAAACUGUAAUGUUCGAGCUAGCUAUUACCAGAUUACUCAUGGAAGCCCCACUGCCUUGGUUGAAUAUUAAAGUUGUUUACAUGGCUCCAAUAAAAGCUCUAUGCAGUCAACGUUUUGAUGAUUGGAAAGAAAAAUUUGGGCCUGUAGGACUCAGCUGCAAGGAACUGACAGGAGAUACAGUGAUGGAUGAUUUAUUUGAAAUACAUCACGCUCACAUUAUCAUCACUACACCUGAAAAAUGGGAUAGCAUGACUAGAAGGUGGAGAGACAACUCGAUAGUCCAGCUUGUACGACUGUUUCUCAUUGAUGAGGUGCAUGUUAUAAAGGAUGAAAGCCGUGGUGCAACAUUAGAAGUUGUAGUCAGUCGAAUGAAGACUGUUCAGUGUUCUCUUUGGCGUCUUUCAGCAAAUCAUGACACUGUGCCUCCCUUGAGAUUUGUAGCUGUUUCUGCAACAAUCCCAAAUGCUGAAGAUAUUGCAGAAUGGCUUUCCGAUCGUAAGAUGCCUGCUGUAUGUCUGAAAAUAGAUGAGGAUCAACGACCAGUGAAGCUACGCAAAAUUGUGCUUGGUUUUCCUUGCAGUGACAAUCAGACAGAAUUCAAAUUUGACUUAACUCUUAACUACAAGAUAGCUAGUAUUAUACAAACAUACUCUGAACAAAAACCAGCACUUGUGUUUUGUGCCACAAGAAAAGGCGUACAGCAGGCUGCUUCUGUUCUUGCAAAAGAUGCUAAAUUUCUACUGAGUAUAGAACAGAAACAAAGAUUACAGAGGUCUGCAAAUUCAUUGAAAGAUUCCAAACUGAGAGAUCUUUUCAUGUAUGGUGUGGCUUAUCAUCAUGCGGGUAUGGAGUUAUCUGACAGAAAAAUAAUUGAAGGAGCUUUUACUGUAGGAGACUUACCAGUACUUUUUACUACUAGCACCUUAGCUAUGGGAGUCAAUCUACCUGCACAUCUGGUGGUUAUAAAAUCCACAAUGCACUAUGUUGGAGGAAUGUUUCAAGAGUACAGUGAAACUGAUAUUCUGCAAAUGAUUGGGAGAGCAGGAAGGCCUCAAUUUGACACUACAGCUACAGCAGUUAUUAUGACUCGUUGGAGUACAAGGGAGAAGUAUAUACAGAUGUUAAAUGGUGCUGAUAUAAUAGAGAGCAGCUUACACAGGCAUCUUGUUGAGCACUUAAAUGCAGAAAUAGUGCUACAUACCGUCACAGAUGUCACUGUAGCUUUGGAGUGGAUACGAUCAACAUUCUUGUACAUUAGAGCUUUAAAAAAUCCAACUCAUUAUGGUUUUUCACCUGGAUUAGAUAAAAUCGGAAUUGAAGCAAAAUUACAAGAACUGUGUUUGAAGAACUUAAAUGAUUUAUCAUCUUUUGAUUUGAUCAGGAUGGAUGAAACAAAUAAUUUCAAACCAACAGAGACUGGAAGAUUAAUGGCAUGGUAUUAUAUUGCAUUUGAUACAGUGAAACAAUUUUUCACAAUUAAGGGAACAGAGACUUUGAAUGAAUUGAUUACAAUGAUCUCCAACUGCACAGAAUUUCUGGAUGUCAAGUUAAGAAUAAAUGAAAAGAAAAUACUUAACACUUUGAAUAAAGACAAGGACAAAAUGACUAUCAGGUUUCCAAUGGAGGGGAAGAUAAAAACAAGAGAAAUGAAAAUAAACUGUCUUAUUCAGGCUCAGCUAGGAUGCAUUCCUAUUCAGGACUUCACUUUGACGCAAGAUACUGGCAGAAUAUUUAGAAAUGGCUUAAGAGUUACUAGAUGGUUAUCUGACUUCCUGGCAUCAUGCAAGAACAACUUUUCUGCUUUUUUAAAUUCUCUGAUUUUAGCAAAGUGUUUCAGGUGCAAACUUUGGGAAAAUUCACUUCAUGUGUCUAAGCAAUUGGAAAAAAUUGGUGUAUCACUGUCAAACACUAUGGUAAAUGCUGGGCUGACAUCAUUUAAAAAAAUAGAAGACACAAAUGCAAGGGAACUUGAAUUGAUUUUAAACAGACAUCCUCCUUUUGGAAACCAGAUAAAAGAAUCUGUUUUGCACCUUCCAAAAUAUGAACUUGACAUUGAACAGCUUCCAAAAUACAGUGAUACAUUGGCUGAAAUCUUGAUAACCAUCAAAUUGACAAACUAUGAGCAGCUACAGACAAAGAGAACAGCAACAGACUUUCACUAUGUUACAUUGGUCAUAGGAGAUGCUGACAACCAAGUCAUUUUUAAUCAGAAAAUUAUGGAUUCUGUGCUGCUGAAAACUGGAAAUUGGACAAAGAAAAUUGAAGUGAAAAGAGCUCUUAAAUCAGAGGACAUUAGUAUAAAUUUAAUUAGUUCUGAUUAUGUUGGCCUUGAUAUACAGCAAGCAUAUACUGCCUUUUACUUAACACCAAAACCAGUGGGAAGUAAAGUGGUUACAAAUCAAAACCUGAAAGCUGAGUCUUCACUUGAUAUGUAUUAUGGCUCACCACAAAGUCUGCCAGCAGCAAAAGUAGAUAGAGGAGGCAGAUCUAAACAAGAGAUUACUUACAAGAAAUAUGGAAACAGAGAAUGCAACCAUCGCUGUAAAAAUAAGGAUGUGUGUGGACAUGACUGCUGUAAAACGGGAGUACCUCCAAAGUCUGAGAUGAAUGGAGAUUCAAAGUUUUCUUUAUACCUAGCUGAUUUAAGAAGCAGGAACUCAGUUUCAUCUGUACCCCCAGUAAAACGGUUAAAGAUGCAGAUGUUAAAUCAUACUCAGAAUGUGGACCUCAAACAAUUUGCUUUUACACCUAAGUCUUUGUCGCCAGCAUUGCCAAGGUCUGACAAUAAACAGUCAUCUUCAUCACCCUCAGUGGACCAGGUAGAUAAUGUUAAUAGCUUAGGAGUCUCUCAGAAACAACUGCAAUCCCGGAAUUAUGGAAAGAGUAAUGCUUUGGGCGUGGACUUUGAACUGAGAGAUGAUAUUUGGGAUGAUAUUGAUGAUGAGAAGUUAGUAUUUGCGAGCAACUUUGCCAGUAGAGAAUUAGAUGAGUGUGAACCACUUUGCCAGUAUACAAGAAGCAAAGCCACAAAUGAUGUUUCAAAAGCCUCAUGCACAUUACAAGAUGAGACCAGUAUUUGGAACUCAGUUGUUUCUGUGGUUAGCAGCACAUCAAAAGUGAAUGUAUCUGUACAGAGUGGAAAUAUGAAUAUGCUCAGUUUUCAAGAAAAAAAGCAUUCAAAUCUUUCACAAGAGCUGAAAAACGUACAGUGUCCUUCAAUCUCAAAAAUAAUCUCAGAUUCUUCGAAAUUCACUAGGAAAGAUGAUUUUUUUAUUUUCACAAAAGAACAGGAAAAAGAAGUGGAUCCCAGAUAUCUUCUUGACGAUGAAAACAACGAUGUCAACCCCUUUCUUGGAAUAUUUGAUGGUAUUUUGUAAAACAUACAAAGAAAAUACAUUGCCUUGCCUGCAAACCAGGCAUGCUUCUGAUGGCAUGUGCUGUGCUUUUUCCUGCUAAUCUGCGUGAAGCUCCUUCUAAAGGUUCCGAACUGUGCGGUAGCAACUGUAGUGGAAGUUGAUUGUGCUUAGGUCUUCAUAAAAAUGAAUAAGGUAAGAUUCUAUUUAUUUCUCUGUACUAAGGAAGUAUCUUUUCGAGAUGUUUUUUGGCCCCAUUUCUAUACUGAAGGUGUAUUUCUGUUUUUCUGUGAAAUAUUUUGGUAGUUUGUAUAAUGUGUAGAAAGUAAUUCACAUUAUUGCUAUUUUUCUAUAGGCCAAAUAUAACCACUUGCUUUUAGUUAGUUUAUAGGAGUUGGUUUAUAUUUAGACUAUUACUUCAAAUUAAAAUAUCUUUGCAGGCAGGCAUUUUAUUUUCCUCUUAGUUUUCUCCAGUGCAGGAGUUCAGUAGUUAUUGUUCGGUUUAUUCAGCAUUCAAGCUGAUUAAUUUUCUGACACUGUGUUCAAAUUUUUUCCUUUUGAUUUUUAAAAGGUUUUAAUUUCCAGUUGAUCCAUAGUCAGAACACAUGAUAACAAAUGCAUUUCAGGACUUUCAAGACUAAUCAGAGUACUUUGCAGAUGGUUUAUAAGAUCAUUUCCAAUCUCUGUUUUUCACAAGAAAUCAGCAUCUUAUAUCAUCCUUGGAAAAUUACAAAAUUUUACUAUUGCUGCUGGCAGCAUUUCACAGAUUUCAGGACAUAAAUCUUUCAGUAUUGCAGUGUCUUUACAGUGAUAUUGAACCUCUGGUGCAAAACCAUUUUUUGAAAGGGGCUUUAUUUGGCAUUGUUCUUUUGCUUCAUUAUUCAUAUUAGCUCUGUGACUCUUUAAAGCCUAAAUCACUUUCAGAAAACCAAUUUGGAAGUACUUAUAUGCUGAAGUGUUCUCUAUCUCAGGAGAAGAAAUGGCUUUUCAUAUGGUAGCAUUUGUUAUUGUUCCAUUUUUGAAAUCAUAAUAAUUGAAAGAUCGGAAGUGAUAACCAUAGUAGGUCUCUCUGGCAGUAAUUAAUUGCAGAUACACAGUGACUAUACCUCAAAACAAAUACAGGCAGAAAGACUAAAGUGCAGAAUUAAAAAAAGCUAGUCAAAUCUGAAUUAUUUUUCUUAAAUUAAACUUCCAAGCUGACGUAACUCACAAUUACUAUACUACUUCUGUGUUUAGCCCAGCAGAAUGCAGAGCUUAACUCCUGCCCAUCACCAUCUUUUGAUUUCCAUGGAAAUCAGAUGGCUUCCAGGCAGGAACAGUGGUGAUUCUCUCCACCAGUGCUUUGUAUGAAUGGCCAGGGGACCAAAAUCCCAGGUCAUGCCCUAAGAGGUAAGUAUAGACAUAGCUGUGAAGAGCUGCAAUUCUAGUCAUUUAACUGAAUCGCCAUGAUAAACCUAGUUUACCUGGACUCCCUGUGUAGUCACUAGAAAGAGGCAGACACUGCCAGAUGAUUCAGAUUGUAAGAGGGCUGAACUGCUCCCUGGUGGAACUCACCAAAUUACCUGCGAUGACAGUGACCACAUACAGUUAGCACGGAGAAGCUGGUGUGCUGUAAAUUCACAGCCAGCCUCACUGAAUAUUGCCUUUCUUGGGCACAUGAGAUGCCCAAGUUCUUUUACGCACAUAAAGAUCCAACUUUUCUAAGUUUUGAAUAGUCUCAUUUCUGUACAGCAUAAGAUGGCUGUGCUCCACUAAUGUUGCUGCAUGCAGCUUCCUUUCAGGUGCUGCCCAGAUGAUAAAACAGGCUAAUUAAAUUCAACAAGGUAACAUCAGACAAUUUCACUAAGAUACUACCAAUAGAUAAAAGACAGACUAAAAUACAUAAAAACAUUGUUAAAGUCUGAAAGGAUCCUUGUUUUUAAUUCUGCAUAGAGUUGUAACAUUAAAUGAGUGGCUUGAGUUUGAAUCAGUGGGAUUGUAUAAGUAAUUCUUUGGGGAUACAGCAGAAUGCCACAGACUUUAGUCUGGGGAUGAUUCUGUAAAAUUUACAUUAUAAAAAUACUGCUUCCCAUAAUGGAGUUGUGAAAGUAAAUUCAAUAUGACAAGAAGUCAGAUUUUACUAUCUUACUUGUCUGAUUCUCCAUAAUAAAAUACAUGCUCAUACCUGCUUUUAAUUUAACUUCAACUUCCUUACAUGUUUCCUUGUCCCAUCACAUACAUUGGUUUCAAAAUAUAAACUGAGGUCAACCAUAUCUGUGCCUGAAGAAAAUGCAAUAUGCACUCAAAACCCAUGAUCUUUCAAAAAUUGUUAGCAGAAAAAUAAGUAUAGUGUUUAAACAUGUUGCGAGACAAGUUUGUUGUAUAAGGCACGUUUAUAGCAUAUAGGAUACUGUAAAUAUAUUGUGACAUCAUUUUAAUUGUAUGCAGCAUGUCUCAUGAUCAUUUUAAUUAUGUAGACAUCCAUAUAUUUGGAGACUAAUGAGUUAAAUAUUACAGUGAUUGAUAAAAUAAUAACGGCAGUUGCGACUAGUCAGACUCUCGUUAUUUGGGUGUAUUUUUACUUAAAUAUACCUUCACAGAAUAGUUACAUGACGUAUAAAAGUUGGUGCUCUUAAAGGCAGUCAGCAUAAUGAUAAAGAGUGAACAGAAGUCAUUGUGUGGAACCAAUAUGCACCUGAAAAAUAGUUAAAAUUAGUAAUUUUGUAGAGCAGAAACAAUACCUCUCUAAGGGAUCGUUACGACAGACUCAGUGGUAUCUCUUCUAAAAGAGAUUACCUCUUUGUCACUCUUUCUGCUUUUCAUGUAGAAGCAAGAGAGCAGUAUCAUAUCAAUUGUUUUACUGACAAAAUUUUUAAAUGAGAUCCAUGAAUGCCUGUUUUUUUUCUAACUCUACUUAACAAGGAAAUAGAAAAGGAGGUACUAGUCAGGGUAAAACUCACUUCCUUCAGAGGACUAACGCCACAUUGAAUUUAUUGAGGGCUUAUAUGAAAAUAAACUAAGGCACGUACUGUGUGCUGAUAGUUCACAGUGAUGAAGUUCAGCUUGACUGAAAAAAAUCAGUGGUUCAUUGUCUGCCACUGCUCAGCUGAGAUAAGGGCCGCCUCAGUUGAACCAUGUUUCUGUAUUUGUUCUUUAAACCUGUAUGAGAUACAAUUAUAUCUGUCCAGGCCCUCACUUUUCUCCCAGUGUCCUAAUUCUUGGUCUCCAGGUGCUCUUGACAGGUAUUUCAGAUGGAGUGGGAUGGGGUAGAGACUGCGUCUUUCUAAGUGAUAAGGGGCCCUUGGAGCCCUUUUGUCUCUGUCCUGGUUUCAGCUGGGAUAAAGUUAAUUUUCUUUCUCUUAGCUGGUGUUUUGCAUUUAGUGUGAGAAUAAUUGUUGAUAACACACUGUUGUUUUAGUUGUUGCUGAUCAGCACUUACACUGUCAGGGACUUUUUGGCUUCUCAUACUGCCCUGCCAGCGAGGAGGCCGGGGGCACCAGAAGCUGGGAGGGGACACAGCUGGGCCAGCUGCCCCCAACUGGGCGAAGGGAUAUCCCAUACCAUAUGAUGUCAUGCUGAACUAAAAUCUGGGGGGAGUUGGCCAGGGACUGGUGGCCCGUUGCUCAGGGACUGUCUGGGCAUCAGGCAGGGGGUGGUGAGAAAUUAGAUUGUGCAUCGCUUGUUUUGUAUAUUUUCGUAUCAUUAUUUUCCCUUCUUUUUCUGUCCAAUUAAACUGUCUUUAUCUCAA